CUGCGAAACGGGACUAGCAUUUUCCUCAUUCUGCUUUUGACUGUCGGCCGUAUAACACGCUGUCACUGAUUUUUGUAAAGUGAGUGAAAAAUUAGAAGGGGAAAAUUUUUUAGAGGAAGUGCAGGAAAAUCUAGUGCGUGAAGUGUCGUUAUUAUAUAACGUAAAUCCUCAACUGGUCAUCAAAUUACGAUCGCAAUGGAAGUUGCUAAGCCAGAAGUUAACGGUAACCCACUGCCCCAGCGGCAGCAGAAUAAUCCCAAUGCCCAGCCACAGCAGCAGGGCGGCGGCGGCGGUGUCCAAGGUGGAAAUCAGAAUAAUCAAGGUGGAAACCAGAAUAACCAAGGCGGCCCCAAUCAACAGCAGGGUGGAGGCGGAAACAAGCAGAACCGCAAUCAACAAAAUAAGAACCGUGGCGGAAAUCAAAAUCGCUUCGGCAAUCAGAACCGCAAUCAAGGCGGCGGUGGCGGCGGCGGCCCCGGCGGAAAUCGUCAGAACAAUCCAGACGGUGGCAAUAUGGGCGGCGACGGCGGUAAUCACCAGCAACAGCAGCAGCAGCGCGGUGGUGGCGGCGGCGGUGGCCCCGGUUUCAAUCGUGGCAAUCGUCGGACAAUGGGCGGCGACAACGACCAAGGCUUCGACCGACGUCGCAGUGGGCCCGGAGAGCAGUACUUCAUAAACGAGAAGCUGCGUAUGCUGCAGGGACCGUUGAUGGAUAUCCCCCCAAUUGAAUCGGAGGAGGCCAAAUUCUCCGGUCGUAAUCGUUUGUACAUCGGCAAUCUGACCAACGAUGUCACUGAAGAUGAGCUAACCGAACUGUUCAGACCGUACGGUGACAUCAGCGAGAUCUUCAUGAAUAAGGACAAGAACUACGCCUUUGUGCGCGUAGAUUAUUUCUCGAAUGCCGAGAAAGCCAAGCGCGAGCUUGAGGGAACCAUGCGCAAGAACCGCAUGCUUCGAGUGCGCUUUGCUCCAAAUGCCACCGCUAUUCGCGUUCGCAAUCUCACUCCAUGGGUCAGCAACGAGUUGCUGUUCAAGUCCUUUGAGGUGUUUGGUCCCGUGGAACGUGCCUCCGUGCAUGUUGAUGAACGUGGAAAAUCGACCGGCGAAGGUAUUGUCGAAUUCAAGAACAAACCAGGUGCCAUGGUCGCGUUACGGUAUUGCACAGAGAAGUGUUACUUCUUGACAGCGUCCCUAAGACCAGUCAUUGUUGAACCCUACACCUAUCAAGAUGACACCGAUGGAUUGCCAGAGAAAUCCAUGAACAAAAAAAUUCCAGACUUCCAGAAAGCUAGACAGCACGGGCCACGCUUUGCGGAUCAUGGCUCCUUUGAGCAUGAGUACGGGCAGCGCUGGAAGCAAAUGCACGAGUUAUACAAGCAGAAGGCUGAAUCAUUGAAGCGCGAAAUGAUCAUGGAGGAAGAGAAGCUGGAAGCUCAGAUGGAAUUUGCCCGUUACGAGCAUGAGACCGAGCAGCUUCGAGAACAAUUGCGUAUGCGUGAGCAGGAUCGUGACCGUCAGAAGGCCGAAUGGGAAAUGAAGGAACGGAUGGCCUCGGAAGCUAAACAACGUAAUGAUAUACAGAUGAAGCACGACGUCGAGGAAAUGCAAAGCCGCAUCAAGCGUACUGAUGAGGAACUCCACCGUCGUCAACAGGAAAACAAUGUUUUUAUGCAGCAAAAUCAGCAAAUGGGUGGUCUAAUGGAUAACGAUGACAAUCGACGGCCAUUUGAAAUGAACCAAGGAAAUGCAGGUGGUAACAGCAAUGCUGGCCCUGGUAACAACUUUGGCGGAAUGGAGGUUCGCGAUUAUGAUCACGGUCAGAACAGACCAUCCCGCUUCAACAACGAAGAUGGCCCACAGCAGAACCAACAAGGAGGAGGCGGCGGCGGCGGCGCUGGUGGCAAUCAGCAGCGUAACUUUGGAGGUGGAAACAAUCGCAACUGGAUGAACAAUGACCGUCGUAACAAUGACGACUUCCAGAGCAAACGAAGACGCUUCUAAAAUGCUGAUAACUGUUAAGGAUCUCACUCAUUACGUACCAUUCUUCACAGACACAAGACAGUAUUGAUACUUGUGUUGCGCCUAGAGACGGGCGGAUUUCAAAUUUUACCAGCCCGAACCCAGAUUUAUUUUUAAAUCAUUAAACCCGGACCAGAAACGAACACCUGUAUUUUACUGUGUUUAUGAAUUGGAAUGCCGCGUCCCCACAAUAGAAGCCAAAAUCAACAACACAACAUCCAACGCACGUUUGGUGUAUUAUUUUGCCACAUUUUGCUUCUAUUCUUACUAACGUCAAACUCUUCGGGCCAGGUUCGAGUUUGCCAACCCGAAAUCCGACCUUCUCUAGCUGCGCGUUGUGGGCUGCGCUCUCCGACUCGACUGAAUCCAAGCUGAGUACAACCCAUAUUGAGUGGGUAGGAGGAAAUCACACCAGCAGUACAAUGAACCAAUUGUAUUUCAUCUCAGUUUCGUUGUGUCCCUUGCUCGUUAGACGUGUGCCGUAUCGUCUAUAUUUAUUUUAAAUGACAACUUUUUGCUAAAUAUUUUCUACGUCUAUGAGGAGGUGCAAAGGGCAUGUUUAUCCACAUCUAAAAACAUAUUCAGCCGAUCCAAUAGUAUUUAUAUGUACCAAAAGUUUGGGUCUUUAAUGAUUUUAAGAAACUAGAAUUCGUUUGCUUAUUUGGGAGAAGCAAGCUUGAUAAGUACGGGUUAGGGAAUCCGUUUUUGUGACCCGAUAAUUCCUUUCCCAGAUGUCGAGAGAGCCAUUCCGAAACAAUGGAGUGUGACACGUGUAUCUUUUUGAAUGUGUAACUACUUUUUCAAAACAUAAUAAAUUGUCAAAUGAUUAUUCUUAUUAUACCUA